AUGCCCAGCUACGCGAAGUUCAUGAAGGAUAUUUUAUCAAACAAGAGGAAGUUGGAGGACAAUGAAACGAUCAUGCUUACCGAGGAAUGCGGUGCAAUUCUCCAACAUAAGUUGCAACCAAAGUUAAAAGAUCCAAGGAAUUUUACUAUUUCUUCCAAUAUUGGUAACUUAUAUAUAGGAGCUAGUAUUAAUUUAAUGUCUUUAUUUCUUUUCAAGAAAUUAGGUUUGGGGGAAGCAAAAGUCACUAUAGUUUCAUUGCAAUUGGCUGAUAGAUCGAUCAAGCAUCCUAGAGGCAUUUGUGAAGACAUCUUAGUGAAGGAAGGAAUUGUGUUAGGGCGUCUGAUAUCAGCUAGAGGUAUUGAGGUAGAUAGAACUAAGAUACAGGUUACUGAGAAACUACCACCACCGGUUUCAGGAAAGGAGUUAGAAGUUUUUUAG